CUUCCAGUCGGUGAUGUUUCAGAAUAACUGCUCAGACUGCUGCAGUUUUGCUUUAAUUGCUCUUGCCAUUUGGAGCAUUGCUGUCAAUAUUUUAUUGUACUUUCCAAAUGGGAACGCCACAUACGCCUCAACCAACCAGCUCACGAAUUAUGUCUGGUAUUUCGAGGGCAUUUGCUUUGGAGGUGUUAUGAUACUGAUUAUAGCCUCAGUUCUUCUGCUGGUGGAUAAGUAUCACUGCUGCCCAUGCUGUUGCUCGAAGGCACGGAGAUAUGACAUGCGAUAUACUAGACUGGGAUCACUGAUUUUUGCUCUUCUAGGGCUGGCAUUUGCCGGAUAUUCUCUGAUCAUUUCAGCCCUGGCAUUAGCUCAAGGCCCAUACUGCAAGAUUAUAGAUGGAACGUGGAAUUACCCCUUUCAGAACACCGGCGGAGGAUAUCUUGUUGUCUAUACCUCCUGGGCUCAGUGUAUAGAGCCAACCUACGUGGUGGAAUGGAAUGUCAUUUUAUUCUCCCUCCUCAUUAUGCUUAGUGCUCUUGAAGUAAUUAUCUGCUCAAUUAAAGUAUUAUACGACCUGAAAAUCAUCCUGAGUGCAUCCCAUUGCAUCAUACCACAGGACAAUGCACUGUGGGCUCCUGCAAAAUCUGGCUUUGUAUGAGAAGAGAAAAUAUAUACGUCCUGGAUCAGAACAUUCACUGACAUCAUUCCUGGGGACAUGAUCAUGGAACAAACUGCAUCACCUAAAUCAUGACUCUGUUAAAGAUCCUGUUCUUGUUUUAAAAACAAGUUAUCGGGGAAAUCCUGCUGAGUGUGUCAUCAAAGAGUAUGAUAUAAAGUGACUAAUGUACACCCUAUUGUAAAAUAUGAGGAUAUUAUAAGUCACUGAGGAGUUCCAUGACCAUAGAAAAACACGAGGCUGAAGGCCAUGGAACUCCGAGGUUACUUCUAAUAUCCACAUAUUUUCCAACAAGGAUACUUUAUUUAAUAUAAUACACAAAUUGCGGUGAGUCAUGUGACAAAAAUGACAUCACUAAGCUCCGUUUAUAAGUGAUGACAUCACUAGUCACCAUUUAUAAGGAUAUUAUUAUAUAAUUUACAAGAUAUUCAUGGCUUUUGUGUAUUUUAUAUAUAUACAUAUAUAUAUAAAAUAUGGAAGAUAAAAGCACUCACAGCAAAAGUGAUAAUAAUGGCAAAAACAAUGCUUUACUGCAUCAUAACAGACUCACACAUCGACACGUUUCAGUCCAAUAGGAACCGUCAUCUUAAGCUAGAGGUGUUGCAGUUGAUUUAAAUGCUGUUUUCUGAGGUUUAUGCAAAUAAAUUAAGCUACUAAAUGUGACUAAAAUUGUGAUAAUUCUAUAAUAAAGGUAUUUUGGGAUCUG